AUGGAAAAGAUAGAUCAGUAUCUGUUAGUAUCUUUAUACGGUUACGAAUAUCAGCGGCUUCCUAACAAGGAUAUACCAUCCAACAGAAACUAUGAUUCAUCUUACCGAAAUGAAAUAAACCCUAUCACUUGUAAGAAUGGGAAAAUUGAUCAAAGACUGUAUGAUGGCAAAUGUCAUUUAUCCGUGGGAAAUGCCAAAAAGAUGUUAAGUUCACGGAAUUCAUCAAAUCAUUAUUAUCCCAUAGAAAAACAGAAAAAAAUAUCAUCGUAUACUAAACCACGAACUGUACAACAUGGAAUACCCACAGGAACCUGUCCAAAUGGAUCUACAGCUAUGGCAAAUAUAUUAGUCCAUCGACAUCAACCUAUCAGUCAGGUAACAACAUCAGAAAAUGUCAAUUCACACAGGUUUUCUUCUACAUUGACGACAACAGGUGCUAAUUACUCACUUGGACGACAUCAGCUUUCAUCAACACCACGAUUAUGUUUUGAUUUAUAUCCUCAAAAAAAGUAUCUAGGCAACUGAUGUAGCAUUUUAAUUUGUCAGUAUUUAUUAUUAUUUUUAACUAAUGAAUAUUUCUUACUGACCAAUAUUUUCAUACAGCUUUGAAACUGUUUCCAUACAUGAUUAGAUUAAAUGUGUCAAUGAUUGGCCUGUAAAUUCACUUUGUUUCCUUAUUUAAAAUGUACAAAUACUCACAGACACUUAUCCAACUUUUUUUUAUCCGUCGAG